CUGCAGCUUCUCAGUCACAGACGUUUUCCAUGUCGUUAACUGUUUCAAAAGAGGAAGUAAGAAGGGGUGCCGAAAGCCCCGUGAGCCAUUUUGCUCGGGUCUAUAGCACAAUGAGAAGGGGGAAGUGUGAACUGCAAAAACUUCACGUAACACAAGCCUGAAAAACGCAGACAAGUGGAUUCUAAUUCUUCUGAAAGGGUUUGGUCGGCAGUGUGACACGAUGGCUCAAGGUUGCCUCAAGUGUUUGAAGUACACAAUGUGUUUCGCCAACUUCCUUUGUUUUAUGUGUGGCGUGGCGGUUCUGAGCUUCGGUGUGUACAUGAUAAUAAACUUCAACUUGACUGCUCUCACACCCAGCCUGUCCAGCAUAAACAUACCCAAACUGCUUCUGAUCAGCGGCAUCGUCAUCACCUGUGUGUCCUUCCUGGGCUUCCUGGGAGCUCUGAAAGAGAACCGCUGUCUCCUCCUGACGUUUUUCAUGGUCCUUUUCGUUCUGAUGCUGGUGGAGCUGACUGCAGCAUGCCUGCUGCUCGUGUAUGAGAAUGAGCUUGGUGAGUGGGUGAAAAAAGAUCUCAACGACGGACUGGACAAAGCGAAAAAGCAGAGGGGAAAUUCAACAUCUCUGACUGACUGGGAUAUGGUUCAGGAUACGUUUGAUUGCUGCGGAAUCUAUAAUUCCACAGACUGGGGGACUCCAGUGCCUAAAUCUUGCUGCAAGGAUGACUGUCAAGGAGGCCCAAAAUACAAAUCAGUGGGUUGUUUGGCGAAGCUGAAUAUCUGGUUUGAGAAAAAUUUCCUGACCACUGGGAUUGGUGUGAUUGUUCUCUGUGUAAUCGAGGUCCUGGGAAUGUGUUUCGCCAUGACACUCUUCUGCCACAUCAGCAGAUCUGGACUGGGUUACAAGUUAUAAACAUUUGCUCAAAUACAUCUUUCAACUGGACGUUGCUGUUCUUACUGGAAAAAAUGGAAGAGACGCCUUAUAAAGAUGCUUGAAUAUAACUUUUUUUUUUGUUUGUUUUCUAACAUUUUAGUAAAUCACUUAGUUUUUCUGCUCUGUAAAUGCUCCACACACUUAGAAAAGAUGAUCUAACACCUUCCCGCCUGUUAGAAGUAAGACCGAGCUUCAGUCUGAGCUGCAGGAAAUUAACUGUUUUGUAUUUUAAUUGCUUGCUGCUAAGCGUCUCUUUAUAUAUUUCAGAAAAAUUUCUUUAAUGUAUGUACAUCUUAGUGGUUUGAAAUCAUAUCAAAAUGGACUUUGAAGUAUUUUUAAAGAAUUGACUGUGUGCCACGUGUUGUCAGAGCUACAUUUCCCGUCACUGAGUUUACUGAUCUGUGGUGGAGCCGACAACCACUUCCUCCCAACACCAUUUUCUGAAGAAGGCCCUGACGUCAUCAUCGUUUAAAUUUCACAUUCAGCUAGUCCGUGUUAAUAUAGUUCGGGCUGAUGCAAACACCACACAACACAUUACGUAACACAGAUGAAUUUAUUUAUCUCAAGAACAAAUCCUGCAUCAAUAUUUUAAGACCAAAAAAAAAAAAAAAAAAGCUAAAAAAAUACUAAGAUUUCCUUUACACUUAAAAUUUUGUUCUUUUUGAAACCAUCACACAAAAGAUAGCAACAAAUACAAUUUUUGUAAUUAAAAAAUGUAACUGUACACAGCAGAAUAUAUCAUUUAUUGCAAACUGAACACCCUGCCACCACAGAAACUAUUGACAAAAGUAUUGCAAUUCACCUACAGAUAUGAAAAGAAUAAACUACUCUCAUACA